UGUUAACAAUCUUUCUGUAAAUGUUAAAAUUUUGGGUGCCCACAGCGUGUUUGUGUGAGGUGUGCGGGUGUGUGCACAUCAUUUAACCGCAAAGAUAUUUAUUAUCAAAUAAAUGGCACCGCCAAGAACCAACCAGCGGCCUGUGACCCGACGCAAAAAGCCCAGCAACCUGUUGCUCACGUUAAAGGACAAAUAUGUCAAUUGGAACUUUAUCAAAUACCUGGCAUUCGAGCCGGCUGCGCUGCCCAUUGUUGCGGUGCUGAUUGUUUUGGCCGAGGCGGUUAUCAACGUGCUUGUCAUUCAACGUGUGCCCUACACCGAGAUCGACUGGAAGGCCUACAUGCAGGAAUGUGAAGGCUUUCUGAAUGGCACAACCAAUUAUUCGCUGCUGCGAGGUGACACCGGCCCCUUGGUAUAUCCGGCCGCAUUUGUCUAUAUUUACUCGGGACUGUACUAUUUAACCGCGCAGGGUACCAAUGUGCGUCUGGCCCAGUACAUAUUCGCCUGGAUCUACUUGCUCCAGAUGUGCCUCGUGUUGCGCCUCUAUACGAAGAGCCGCAAGGUGCCGCCCUAUGUACUGGUGCUGAGCGCCUUCACAUCCUACCGCAUCCAUUCGAUCUAUGUGCUCCGGCUGUUCAAUGAUCCGGUGGCCAUUCUACUGCUCUAUGCGGCGCUAAAUCUGUUCCUCGAUCAGCGUUGGACGCUGGGAAGCAUUUGCUAUAGCCUCGCUGUUGGUGUCAAGAUGAAUAUAUUACUGUUUGCUCCCGCGCUGCUGCUCUUCUAUUUGGCUAAUCUGGGCGUGCUCGGGACUCUGGUGCAGCUCACAAUUUGCGCGGGACUACAGCUGCUAAUAGGCGCGCCCUUUUUGCUCACCCAUCCUAUGGAAUAUCUGCGCGGCAGCUUCGACCUGGGUCGCAUCUUCGAGCAUAAGUGGACGGUCAACUAUAGAUUUCUAAGCAGGGAACUCUUCGAGCAGCGUGAGUUUCACUUGGUUCUGCUGGGACUACAUCUGGUGCUGCUGCUGUGCUUCGCCAAGCCCACCUGGACGUUCUUUAGAAGCUACCUGAGACUGCGAGAGGUGCAGCAACACAUUGUGCCACAAAUCCUGCAAAAGAAUCGCGAGCAGCAGAACCAGGCAAGGCAGUCCAAGCAGCAGGAGGAGGAGGAGCAACUGAGUGCCGAGCAAAAGUCCUUCCUCAAGGCAUUCGAGCGGAGUCUGCAACAAAGCACGGAUCAGAAACCAGCAGAACCAUUGAACCAAGCUCCCGAAAAAUACGACAUUUAUUUUGAGCCAUGCACGCAGCUGGCGCUGCUGCCCUUCUUCCUGUGCAACUUCAUUGGCGUCGCCUGCGCCCGGUCGCUGCAUUAUCAGUUCUACAUUUGGUACUUUCACUCGCUGCCAUAUUUGGUUUGGUCUACGCCGUAUUCGCUCGGCGUGCGCUUUUUAAUUCUGGGCAUUAUCGAGUACUGCUGGAACACCUAUCCCAGCACGCUGGAGUCCAGCAUAGCCCUACAUCUGUGUCAUUUAGUUCUGCUUGUGGGCGUGGCACGCCACGUCUACCACAUCAUGAGGCUGAACGCGUCGGUAAAGCAACAGCAGCAACAGCAGCAGCAGCGGCAGGAACAAUCCAUUCUACAAAAUGGUCAACCAAAGACGUCCAAAAAAUCGCAAUAAUCAAUUACAAUACAUAGACAUAUAUAUACAUAUGCAUGUUCAAAAAAUCAUGGAAAGAAAAUAACGCCUUAAACAUUUACAUAUGUGACUUUUUCCGGGAAUAGAUUGCCAGCUAAUAUAUAUUUAAUAGGCCAGCCCAGCUCGAUAUUAGUAAGAACUUCAAGCUGAAGCGAUCUUUUGAUAUAAAGGUUAUAGAACUAUAUAUAUUAUAGAAUUAUUAUAGUAGAACACCUUCGAAAACGUAAUCAGUUUUAUUGUCAUUAUUGGUAAAGGUUGACCCAGGCCAAAAGCACAUGCAUGUCCGAAGAGCUUAAAGUAAAAUAUCCUAUUGAUAUAUAUGUAUAUAUAUAAAGUAAAAUAUCCUAUUGAUAUAUAAAUAUAUAUAUAUAUAUGUGUAAUUAUA